AUGCCCGGCCUCGGUUUCAACUUAUGGGAUCACGUCAUGCUUGUCCUCACCUUCCGCCGAAACGACGGUUCCUAUCGCGACCCAGAUUUCGAACAAGAACUCCACAAAUUUCAAGAUAACCCGCGCAAACACGACGGCUACCUCACCCACCAACGUCGCACACAAGCCUUCGCGGUUUCCUCGCGCGCCAAAACCGACAACGAAGGCGACUGGGGCGACCUCCAAGUCCAAAUGAUAGACCAACCCUUUAUCGCCGAAAACCCGGGCGGGGCAGUUUGGGAAUGCAGUUUAUCCCGCCCAAAAAGCGUGGGGCAAUUCGUCUUCAAUACGACCGCUUAUCUUGCAGGGCAAACUGCGAAUGGGCAGUUGGGUAACAGCAAUUUCAAAUAUUUUAGCGAUCCCACCGACAUGGACGCACUUAUCGAGGGGAUUAAUCUCGCCAUCAAAAUUAUGGAGGGGACAGAAGCCUUCAAAGGGAAUAAUUACACGUUGGACGAGUCUUUCAUUCCCCCGGCUUGUCUGGAAUUCCCGCGUAGAUCUCCAGAUCUGUGGAAGUGUGUCCUAAAAAGGUUGGGGACAACGCAGUGGCACUGGUCGAGAACUUGCAAGAUGGGCAAGGAGAAUGACCCCAUGGCCGUGGUUAACUCGAAAAUGGAGUAA